UGACUAGCCCGCUUCGGGCUAGCACACAAUAAAUCGAGGUCCAAGAAGGCAGGAACGAAGACUUAGGGCGUCCAGCGCGCGUGUUUAUUUGUUUGGUGCUCCCUCGCAUUCGGCUCGCAUAUCCAUCUAAUUUGUAUUGCAGCCUCGCAUCGUGGAAUCAUCAUCUCGCAGCAUCAGAGCAGCAGAACUAAGGACAUAAUGAAGUCAUCGACCACCCUCCUCUUUGGCCUCGUCGCGGCCGCGCUAGCUACGUCCGAGCCGCAGAUUACUGCCAGAGCACAGCUGGAGGUGCGACAGGAGGAUCCGGCGCUGCUGGGGUGGGUCAGUGAGAGCGGGGCGUCGCAGUUCUCCGACCUCCGCACCUGCGACUACCCCGCCACCGUCUCGUCCUCCGCCGCGCUGGCCCAGUGCUGCACGGGCUCCUCCUGCGUCUUCUGGUCCUCCUGCUCCGCGGGCACGCUGUACGCACAGGCGACUAGUCUGCGCUGCGACGUUGGGUACUGCAACACCGCGGUGCUGGUGCCGACGCCCGGCGCGCAGAGCGGGGUGAGCUAUCUGGGGUGCUGGGGGACGGAGUUGGGGCAGGGGCCUUUCACUGUUGUUAAGGAUGUUUCGAAUGCCACGAAGACGAAGGCGGUUGUGAGUACGACGAGUGCUUCGCAGUCUUCGGUGAGGUCCUCGGCGGCGUCGAGUGCUGCGGGGAGCUCUGGGUCGGCGGCGCGGUCGGAGACGGGGACGGCGGCGACUCAGGCAUCGUCCAGUCCGACCCCUUCGACUGGCGCGGCUGGUGGUAAUGCGGCCAAGCCUUUGACAGGUGUGUUUGGUCUGGCUGCUAUGCUGCUUGGUAUGCUCUGAGCCGUGGUUGGAACCAUGCUGGAUGCAAUUUCACUGUCUUCAUGUGGAGUUACGGGAGAUGUGAAUGAUGAUGAUGAAAGUGUGAGGAUGAUAACGAGGACCUACUAAUGUCAUAUCGAAGUAUUCGCUAGCUCUACACUGAGGUGUCAAGU